GCACGGGUUUCUUAUCGGCUUCCACACUUCAGAGCUGGAGCCACAGCCCUGGGAGAGAAACAAGGUUUCCUGCAGGGAGGAAAGGACUGGAAGCCCUCUCAGCCACAAUGUCGGACAGAAGCCCCUUCGAGACGGACAUGCUCACCCUGACCCGCUACGUAAUGGAAAAGGGGCGGCAGGCCAAAGGGACAGGGGAGCUCACCCAGCUGCUGAACUCCAUGCUGACGGCCAUCAAAGCCAUCUCCUCGGCCGUGCGCAAGGCUGGCCUGGCCAACCUGUAUGGGAUCGCGGGCAGCGUGAACGUGACGGGAGAUGAGGUGAAGAAACUGGACGUGUUAUCCAACUCCCUGGUGGUCAACAUGCUGCAGUCCUCCUACGGCACCUGCGUCCUGGUCUCGGAGGAGAACAAGGAGGCGAUUAUCACAGCCAAGGAGAGGAGGGGGAAAUACGUGGUUUGCUUUGACCCUCUGGAUGGAUCUUCCAACAUCGACUGCCUGGCCUCCAUCGGAACCAUAUUUGCCAUCUACAGAAAGACCACAGAAGAUGAGCCUUCCGAAAAGGACGCCCUGCAACCCGGCCGCGACAUUGUGGCCGCGGGUUAUGCGCUGUAUGGUAGUGCAACCCUGGUGGCUCUCUCCACGGGCCAAGGGGUGGACCUCUUCAUGCUCGACCCGGCUCUUGGUGAAUUUGUCCUAGUGGAAAAAGAUGUCAAGAUUAAGAAGAAAGGGAAGAUUUACAGCCUCAAUGAGGGCUAUGCCAAGUAUUUUGAUGCUGCCACCACUGAAUAUGUGCAGAAAAAGAAAUUCCCUGAGGACGGUAGUGCUCCCUAUGGGGCCAGGUACGUGGGCUCCAUGGUGGCUGAUGUGCACCGCACCCUGGUUUAUGGAGGGAUCUUCCUGUACCCAGCCAAUCAGAAGAACCCUAAGGGCAAGCUCCGGCUCCUGUACGAAUGCAAUCCUGUGGCUUACAUCAUUGAGCAGGCAGGAGGCUUGGCGACCACAGGCACCCAGCCUGUACUGGACGUGAAGCCUGAGGCUAUACACCAACGUGUCCCCCUCAUUCUGGGGUCCCCAGAUGAUGUGCAGGAGUUUCUCACCUGUGUGAAGAAAAACCAGGCGGGCAGCUAGUGAGAUUGACCCCACAAGCCCUCUUCUCUUUGUCCCGCACCUUGUACCUGGGUCCCUAAAUGAACAAUGAAUGGAGAUGGUGGUAAUGAGAACCCAAAAGGCAAAUCUGCCUAAUCACAUGUGGAAGGCCAACAGCACACUGCUAAUGACAGUUGGACAAGUCAGAGGUGAUUCUGUGCGCAAUGUAAAAAGCUAAAAAUAAAAACCUACCUGUGAAAAG